AUGAGCGGCCGAAAGCUAUCCCUGCCCAAGAAAGUGGCGGAGAUGGGGGUGCCAGCCUGGAACUCUCAGGGCAGCGUGCGGCAUGUGCUGCAGAUCUUGGACCAGGCAUGCCAGGCCAGUACUGUCGAGGAGGCCUUGGAGGAGGUGCGGGGCUUUGAGAGCCUUGGGCACCUGAUCUGGUCCUAUGCCUACCUGCGGAUGCUGCACUAUAAGGACUCCGACCUGUUCUACCGCUUGCUGCUGGCCGAGCCAUCCUUCCUGAUGCCCAUCGUUUACACCCCCACGGUGGGCGAGGCGUGUCAGAAGUUCGGGACCUUGCCCGUCUUGCCCAGGGGCUGCUACGUGUCCCUCACCGACCGCGGGAAUGUCCGAGCCGUGUUGAAGGAGUACGCGGACGACGCCAUGCUGCCCAAGGGCGCUGACGGCAAGCCAGAGUGCCAGUGCAUCGUCUUUUCGGACGGCGGCCGGAUCUUGGGCCUUGGGGACCUCGGGGUGUGGGGCAUGGGGAUCCCCAUCGGCAAGUUAGACUUGUACACCGUCUGUGGAGGCUUCGACCCCAAUAAGACCAUCCCGGUGAUCAUCGACGCGGGCUGCGAUGACUUCGCGCCACACACCAACACCGCCAAGCCGAAGCAAGCCAUUCGCGACCAUCCGCUGUACCACGGGCUGAAGCAGGAACGCGUGAAGCACACCGCCAAAGGGACGCAGGUGAACUCGGCCUACUAUGGCGAGGAGUCUCUGAUUGGAGAAUUUAUGACCGCCGCCCGGGACCUCUUCGGUCAAGGCUGCCUCCUGCAGUUCGAGGACUUCAACACCAACGACGCCUUCCCACUACUCGCAGAGUAUCGGGACCGGUUCCUCACAUACAACGACGACAUCCAGGGCACCGCUUCCGUCACCGUGGCAGCGGUGCUCGGGGGCAUCAAGCUCCAGAACCCCUCCGCGACCAAUUUGCUGGAGGAGCUGCGCGGCCUCCGCGUGCUCUUCCACGGCGCGGGCUCCGCGAACCUGGGCUCCGCGCAGCUCAUCAUCAGCGCGGCCAAGAUGCCCAAGGCCCAGGUCCUCGUGACCAACUCCCGAGGCGUGAUCUGGGCCUCGGAGUCGGGGGGCACCUACCGCAACGAGCAGCAGAAGUUUGUGGCGCAAGAGGGCGAGCCGAAGGGCUAUGACCACACAGACCUGGUCUCCAUCAUCAAGCACCACAAGCCCGACAUCCUGGUGGGUGCGGUGGGCAGAGCGCCCAACUGCUUCACCCAGGACGUGGUGAAGGCCAUGGUCAGCGUCCAGGACGAGAAAUCCUCGGAAGCGGAGAAGCGCCGCCCGGUGAUCUUCGCCUUGUCCAACCCUAAGAGUCAGGCGGAACUCACCGCGGAGGAGACUGCUAUCGCUUCUCGGAGGGCCGCGCCAUCUUUGGGUCGGGGACGCGCUUCGACUGCGUGGCCAAUGCUUCAGGCACCAAGUGCCCUGGCCAGGUGA